AGGGACAUGAAUUCAGGCACCAACGCGAAGGGUUGUGCGAGAGGGCACUGGAGGCCAGCAGAGGACGCCAAGCUGAAGGAGGUGGUCGCCCUAUACGGCCCCCAAAACUGGAACCUCAUCGCGGAGAAACUGGACGGCAGAUCUGGUAAGAGCUGCAGGCUGCGAUGGUUCAACCAGCUGGACCCGAGGAUCAACCGAGGAGCCUUCACACACGAGGAAGAGGAGAGGCUAAUGCAGGCGCAUAGAGUUCACGGCAACAAAUGGGCCAUGAUUGCCAGGAUGUUUCCUGGGCGCACUGAUAAUGGUGUCAAGAAUCAUUGGCAUGUCAUCAUGGCUAGAAAAUGUAGACACCAUUUUGCUGCUGGAAGGCGGCGCAGGAGAACGACAACCUCGGAUGAAGAUUCAGCUACAAAUGAACCGCCGUCGUUUAUGGACCGGAGUGUUGAACCGGCGUUGUUCUUCGACUUUCUUGGAGUAGGAGGUGGACCCACAUGAAAGGUAAA